AUGCGGCCUAAGAGCGAUGGUUUCCAUAAAACACACAUGCAUGAGUCCGGCGGCCAAGAGAUUGAGUUUACAAGCUAUGUCGCGACCGCGGAAAACCAUAACUUCGACAGCUCUCCCGCAGACAUCACUGCCAACGUGACUGUCAAAAGAGGCGGCGGGUUGGUGGGAAGGCAGUCACUAGUGAAGCGGAGUUCGAGGUCAAGCAGUCCAAAGAAACGUCGGUAUAGCACGUCAAUGGAGCUUUACUCGCAUCGCUUGUCGCCGUCGUGCGGCCAGCAUCAAGAGCAGGCUACGAGUCUACAUGGACAGCAGGCUCAAAUCGAGAGCGACAGCGACGCAAACUGGGAUUGUCCAGAUACACCCACACCUAUGACAAAUUCCCAGAAGCGCUCAGCCUAUCUUCCACUCGGCACCCCAGCACCUUACCCCGACUCCAAGCGGUCUUCCACGUCAAAGCCAAAAUCUGGUCCUCCUACCCUCACUCCAGCUACCAUCCCAACAUCUCCGACACCAAAACUCGAAUUCUUCAAAUCGUUCGACGAGCAACCAUCUUAUGACUCUAGAGAUUUCGAUAUUAAUCAUCCACAGAUGUACUCUCGAGAAGAAGAAAAACUCAGGGACUCGUAUAUUCAGAACAAAUAUAGAAAGAUGCGCAGAGUGGCUGAGGCAAGAGCAGGACUAGUGGAAAGGACGAUGCUCAUGUCUCAGACUGGCUAUGCGUCGUCAACGAACGAUGACAUGAUGAUACAGCGACUAGAACGUGAGCAGGGUGUUUAUCCACGGAUGCACCCAGUACCACUACAGCACGUUGUAGAAACGCCUCUGCGGAGGCCUGUACCAGGAGCGGCCGCUGACAUGCAGCGACAAGUGUCCAUAUCCGAAGUCUCCCAUUUCUCCGGAGGCACGGUAUCCAGCAAGCGCUCUGUCUUCAGUACGCCCGGCAGAGAUGAGUUGGAAAGAAAAAUGGCGCUUAUCCAUGAUGACGACGGACCGUUUGCUAACGCGGUGAGCAUGGCUGAUCUGGACGAGCGACGCAGGGUAGUCAGUGAGCAGCGCGCGGGAGAUGAUCGAAGGGCUGCGAUUUUGGAGGCAGAGAGUAGUCAGAAGAAGAAGAAUAGGGCCUGCAAAUUGGGAGUUGGAUGUAAUGUGAUGUGA